GUUACUCUCAAUUAUCCACCAUCUGACACAGCAACCCUAUAGUUAUUACCCUAGCAUCAAAGCAAACACUGCAGCAGUAUAAAACCUGCCCUGGGUGAGUCCUGCUUGUUUUGGAGACUGCGAGACCUAUAAAGGAUGAAGACUUCUCUUCUUGUCGUGCUCGUCACAGCCCUGUGCACUGAGAGCGCUUUCUCCUUGACAUGUUUCACAUGCAAAGACGCAUCUUCCAAUAUACAUUGUCUCAGUACAACCACGUGCUCUGACCAUGAGAAGUACUGUCUCACAACCUAUUCUACCACGGGACUCGGCAAUGACCGUAACCAGCGUAUUACCAAGAAAUGUUCAGCAUUUUGCCCAACAAUUGACCUGAAUAUCGGCAUAGCCGGCGUCGCUACCAGCUGCUGCGAGACUUCGUUGUGCAACAUCAGCGGUGCCAGCAGUGUGAAAACCAGCUACUCUAUGAUAGCUCUGGGUGUCCUGGCCAGUCUUGCCUGCAUCCUCCGUCUGGGUUUUUAG